ACGCGAGCAUAAAAUAUAUACAUACAUAUUACAUACACACACACACACACACACCACGCACGCGGGCGCGCGCGUAUGCUAGUGCGAGUGCGCGAGUGCGAGUAAGUGCGAACGGCGGAAAACGCGGCAGUUAACACGACGCAGGUUCUACGUAUUUCGAGAAAAUGUCACUUUUUGGAGUAGGCAAUCCCUUUUCUACGCAAGUAGGACAAAAAAUCGAAUCUGCUACUGAUGGUAGUUUACCGAGUGAGAAUUGGACACUUAAUAUGGAGAUAUGCGACAUUAUAAACGAAACCGAGGAUGGGCCAAAAGAUGCUAUUAAAGCGAUCAAACGUAGACUCAAUCAGGCAGCAGGCAAAAAUUACACUAUAGUCAUGUAUACACUUACUGUAUUGGAGACAUGUUCAAUUUGCAGUGGCAGCAAAUACGAGGAUAAUUUGGAGCAGGUGAGAGGAGGGAGUCUAAGCACGGCAAUUCUCAACCGCAAUAAUCCUAAAUUACCUCAGCAGACCGCUACUAGCGCUAGUCCAAACUUGGAAUCUGAAUUCAAUGAAAUGGCAGCAUGGUUGGAUCGCACACCUGGAGGACAAGGCGAUCAGGAAUCUUUGACUUCGUCGGAAUUUGAGCGCUUCUUAGCAGAACGUGCAGCCGCGGCUGAAGCUUUACCAACACUUUCUACAACUGCCAGCUCAAACUCAUCGACUACGGGCAACCAAAACAUUCAGCGUCAAAUUAACAAGGAUCAAGACAAAUCUUUAUUCGCUCUUUAAGUACCUUGAAACUCUCUGUUGUAAAAUGAGAGACUAAACUUAUGGGACUGUUGUGCUAAUUAACACGGCACGUAUUUACAAUUUUUCCUUUUGACGAAAUCACACUCCCAACAUCAUCGACGAUUUAAACUGUGGAUUUGUAUUUUUAACAUAAGGAGCUGAAGUAAAAUAGAGAUAGAAAAACGCGAGGGAAAAAGUGUACAUGAAAAAUGCUUUGUGCUUGUACGUACUUAAUAAGGUAACUAUGCAAUCAUGUUUGAGAAUAUUGUUCAGUUAUAUAUAAAAUUGUGGUCGUAUACAUAAUGUAGAUAAGUUGCUUUCAAAUUGUUCCGUGAACCAUUUCAACUAUUACGUAAUAAUGUGUAAGAGUUAAUUUACAUUUGUACAUAAGCGACAAUGCGUCCAUGGAAAUAUUCAGAUUAUAUCGUAAUAGGUCUUGCUAUCAUAAAUUUUGCCUCAAAGUCGCAAAUCAAGCGCGAGAUCAAAUUUUCGGAUUAAUGCAUGGAUAUUUCGACGAAUAUCCAAUCGAGUAAUUGAUCUUUACAUCUACAUAUUGAUAAACUAUUUUUCUAUGUUGAAGUAAAUUUUGUCUCUCAGCUAUUUAACAUUCUAUAUACAGAGAUACAUUCUAUAAAUUUAUUAUUAUUUUUACUAUUGUAUAAUUCCUACUAUUGUAGAAACUUUGUAGAGACUUUACUAUUGUAGAUUGAUAUAGAAUUAGUAGCAUGAAUUUAUAUUAAUUAUUACUGCUAUCGCGCGUUACUGCAGUUAUGUGUAUUAAUAUUAUAAAUAAUUAAUAUAUUCUGAAAUUAUUAUAAAUGCAGCAGUAAUGUUUAAUGGAUUAGGUGUAAAAUUCUUUGAUAUCCUAUGUUGACUAUGUUACUAUAUUUAAUUUCCAGAAAGAAUAAUAAUUUGUUUCUUUCUCUUAGCUUUAUCCCACAGGAUGUUUUAUCGAUUAUCCUAACUUUAAUUGUUCUAUUUUAUAUUCGUUUAUGUUUUAUACUAUAUUUGUGCAUAUUUAGUACGUAUAGACUGCUAAAUAAAGUACACCUGCGGUGCCUGUAUUAACUGAAUUCGCAGUUAAUAAGGAUAAUCUGUACUCUUGACUUACGCAGAGAAUAAAACUAUGCAUCAUAC